UAGAACUGCCACCACUGUAUUAGAUGUACUGUAAUCUAGUACAAAUUUAAUACAUUUAUUAUUUUCAAAGUAAUUUUGUGUGUUUGUUUGUUUUUCUUUUUUAGUCCAGAAUCAUCUACCAAAACAAACUUAACAGUGUUUUAACACAAAAGCCAUUAAACUACAAGUGAAAAAUCAAAGUUAUUGUGUUUAAUAUUUGUUUAAAUCAUCUCGAAAAGCUUUCAAUUAAAUAAACUUAUACUUCAAAAUUCAAAAUCAAUCUAUUUACAACCUACUGAGUAUUUAAAAGGAAAAGUUUGAGGAAAUGUCUUGGCAAGGGGGCCCUUAUUAUCAAGAUCCCAAUCAACAAUAUUACGGCAGCGGCUAUCCACCACCACAAGGAGCUUAUCCACCACCAGGUGGUUACCCACCACCAGGAGGAUAUCCACCUCCAGCUGGAGGUUAUCCUCCACCCGGAGGAUAUGGUGCUCCAGGCGGCUAUCCUCCAGGAGGUUUUGUGCCACAACCUGGCUUCAUACAACCACCUCCAGUUAAUGACUCUUAUGGAGGCUACGAAGAUCCAGAAGCACCCAAAAACUUUUCAUUCGAUGACCAGAGUAUUCGCAAAGGAUUUAUACGUAAAGUUUAUAUGAUAUUAAUGGGUCAAUUGCUGGUGACAUUUGGUUUCGUGGCCUUAUUCGCAUUCCAUGAUGGUACUAAAGAAUUUGUUAGAAGGAACUCAUAUCUGUUUUGGAUUGCUUUGGCUGUUCUUUUGGUUACCAUGAUUUCAAUGGCAUGUUGUGAGGGAGUGCGACGUAAGACACCAAUGAACUUUAUAUUCCUGGGUUUAUUUACGUUGGCAGAAUCUUUCUUGCUGGGCGUGUCAGCCAGUCGUUAUGCGCCUAAUGAGGUCCUUAUGGCGGUUGGCAUUACUGCGGCUGUUUGUUUGGCUUUAACACUAUUCGCUAUGCAAACGAAAUAUGAUUUCACUAUGUGCGGUGGGGUCCUCCUAGUUUGUAUGGUGGUGUUUGUUAUCUUUGGCAUUGUAGCAAUUUUCGUGCAGGGCAAAAUAAUGACACUGGUUUAUUCAUCAAUUGGAGCCUUGCUGUUCUCCAUUUAUUUGGUAUACGACACCCAAUUAAUGAUGGGAGGUGACCACAAGUACUCCAUUAGCCCCGAGGAAUACAUUUUUGCCGCUUUAAAUCUGUACUUGGAUAUUGUUAAUAUAUUCAUGUACAUUUUGGCCAUUAUAGGGGCAUCGAGAGACUAAACACUAUCGAUUGCAUAAACAAUUUUGCAGAGAAAAAAUGAAACAAUCUCUAUAAACAUAAAACAAUAAUUGUUGUUUAUUCAAUACAACAACAACUAUAUAAACCCAUUAUUAAAAUAUUCUAAGCAAUUAAAGAAUUUACUUAAAAAAAAGGUGAAAGAGAAAUUUAAUCAAGCUAUUAUGUUGUUGUUUCUUACCUAAAUUCCCUUUAACAUUAUAACUAAACAUUUUAAAAUAUGGAUUAUACAAAUUUUUAUUUUAACUAAUGCAAACUUGUCUACAUUUAUAUAAAUGCAUACAUACAUACCUACAUAUUUAUGCUUAAUGUUAAAUUCUUAUUUAUUUUUAUACAUAAAUAAGUUCUAAACUUGUCAAUGGUUAAGAAGAAAAAAAUCAUAGUAUGCUUAAUACCACAAUAAAAAAAGAACCUUGUUAGUCAUUAACUAAUUUCCUAUCUUGUUGAAAAAUAAUGAAUUAUUCAUAUAGAUUAAACUAUCAUUGUUUAGUAUUGUUAUUUAUUAUACAUUUUUUGUUUUGUUCUGUUUUUUUAUGAAUUAUAGUAUUUUUUGUUAACCUUAUACCAAAAAAAAAAAAUAAUAAUAAUAGAUUUAUAACUUAUUAUUUAAAAGUUAUUGUAAUUAAUUUUUUUAAAUUGUUGCUCAUUUUUAAUAUAUUUACUUUACAUCUGAAACCAUUAAAAAUCCAAUAAAAAAUAAUAUGAAACUAUAUUUCGUGAAAAUUAUGUAUAUUUGGAAUAUUAAAAAUGUAAUAAAAUUAAAUAAUUUAGAAAUUCCAAUUCAAUUUGUGUAUUAUUUUUACUACAUUUAUAUUCAAAACUUGUUUUGAUGCAAGAACAAAUUGACAUACAUUUUAAAUUGCAUACUAUUUCUGUAGUAUAAUUGAAUUGAAAAAUAUGUUUCUUAAGAAAACCAUUAAAAAAAUAUUAGUACAUUGUAUUUGUUUAACUCUCGGGCAAAAAUCUAUUUAUAUGGAUAAAUGCGCUAUGAAAUUGUGUAUGUUGUUGUGGAAUAAAUUAAUAGCAUUAAUAAUAAA